AUGGUUAACAUCAGACAAGCCAAGAAGAAGAGAUCUUCUUUGCCCAAGGCAAAGGCCAAGAGAGCCGGUCUCCUCAAGAGCGGAAAGAAGAAGAUCAAUGUCUUGGGAAAUGCUAUCAUUGCGGAAAACUGGGACCGCAAGCAAACCCUCACCCAAAACUACCGCCGCUUGGGUCUCGUCCACCGCCUCAAUGCUCCCUCCGGUGGUUCUCAGAAGCGCGCAACCGCGGACGGUAUCCAAGGAGAGCCCGAAGAUUCCUUGUACAUCAAGAGCAGCACUGAGGCACUCGCCAAGCAAACCGCCACGAGCGAAAUUAAGGUUGAGCGUGAUCCCGAGACCGGCAAGAUUCUGCGUGUGAUUCGCGGUGCGGCCGACGAAGAGGUCGAAAUUGCCGGACGCAAGGUCAAGCGCAACAACCCGCUGAACGACCCCUUGAACGAGCUGUCGAGUAAUGAGAUUGUCACACAACCCCGCCAGAACGCCUCCGGAAAUGGUAUUGUUGAGCAACUCGAGCGUCAGGCUGCGCAGGAGGGAGUGGCUGUCCGGGCGAAGAAGCCGCGCCAUCAGAGCACCAGAGAGCAAGAAUGGGUGACGAGAUUGAUUGAGAAGCACGGAGACAACUACUCGGCCAUGGCUCGCGACCGGAAAUUGAACCCGAUGCAGCAGACGGAAGGAGACCUGAAGCGGAGGAUCCGCAAGUUGCAGCAGAGCCAGUCAUGA